AUGACUCGUGUGGAGGGUCGGGAGAUUAUAUCCAACCUUUCCAAGGCUGCCGGUCUCGCACACAUGAUAUCCACUAUGUGUCCUGACAUCGACCAUGCCGACGAGUACGUUCGUAACACCACCGCUCAUGUAUUCUCCGUCAUUGCCUCCGCGCUUGAUAUCCCCUCGCUCUUGCCUUUCCUGAAGGCCGCAUCCGUAACACCUACACCAGCCCCCGCUCUGCUAGACUCCCGACGUGGCGGCAUGCUGCCAGCACUUAGAAAGACAGUGGUCUGGACUGCUGUGACACCACCCCUGGCCUAGACGGCCUUGUACCUGAUCCAUGAAGGCUGUACGCCUCAUGGUCACCCUAGAUCAGUGCAUGUAUACCCCAUGUCGCUUCAUGAAGAUCCGGAGCGCCCCUGGCGCCUCAUGUACC